GGUAAUGGCCGCUCUCAAUGUAUCGUGUAUGUUUUUUUGUUUUCUCAUGCAUAGCAGAUAAAUAACCAUACAAUUAUUUAUUGUCGAGCAUCAGACAUAAAGAAAGAGACUGGGUUGUUCUUAACGCCGCAAACCUGUCUUCAAAGAGGUUCAGGUUGGAAAGUGGAUCAUUCUCCAAUGGACACCCCUGAGAGCCCCACCCAGUCCCCUGAAAGCCCCAACCAGUCGCCCCAGUCCCCAGAGGAAGAGGAGAAGGGCAUUUCUGACAGCGAGUUCCUGGCAUCCCCCGAGGAGGAGGACAGGCUGCUCUCCGACAGCGAGCUGCUGAAUGAUGAAGACAAUGACGAGUUAGAUGAAGAGGGUGGUGGAGGUGGGGACUCUGAGCUGGAUGAUGAUGAAGAUGAGGGGGUAGUUCAGGAGCGUAUCUCUGACCCAGAGGAUGAUGAAGCGGAUGGAGACGGUAGAAGGGAUAGCCAUACUGGUUUAGAACUGGAGCAGGAGGAGUCAGUGGGGAUGGUGAUGAUGGGACAGGUGAGCCAAUCAGCUGAUGAGGAUGAAGAGGAGGACCAGGUCAGCCAAACUCCUAAGUCCCCUGAUUCUGAGCCAGAGCAGGAGAGGUCAUCCCCCUUGGCUGAGCAGGAGAUGUCUAGAUAUGAGAAGGAAGAAGAGCGGGGUGAAGGAGGGGAACCAUCAGCCAAGCUGGCAGCAGAGACAGCAGAAAUAGAUGAUGAAGAUGAGGAGGAAGAGAGGCGGAGGAGGAGGAGAGUGGUGGUGGUGAAUGAGAUGGAGUCGUCUGUCUCCAGAGAGCUUGAUGAACAUGAGCUGGACUAUGACGAGGAGGUUCCUGAGGAGCCCAAUGUUCUAGCGCCUGACGAGGAUGAGGAGGUGGAGAAAGGACCUGGAGAUGGGGAGGAGGAGAAAGAGGACAAGAGCAUCAAAAAGAAAGAGAAAAUACCAAUCCUUCCUCCAUCCCCGAAAGACGGUCCACCUAAGAAGCCUGAAGAUUCCAGGGCUCAGGACAGAGGAAGGAGAGAUUCCUUUCGUGACAAAAAGAAGGAUGAGGAUGAUGGCGAGAUUGAUGAGGGAGAGAUAGAUGAUGAUGACCUAGAGGAGGGAGAGGUGAAGGACCCCAUGGACAGGAAGAUCAGACCCAGGCCCAUCUGCCGCUUCUUUUUGAAAGGUAACUGCACCUGGGGUAUGAAUUGUAGGUUCAUCCAUCCAGGGGUCAAUGACAAGGGCAACUACUCUCUCAUCUCCAAGCCAGACCCCUUCUCUCCCAACGGGGCACCACCUGGAGCACCCCACCCUCUCAUGCCAGGCAAUAGCCCCUGGGGUGGACCUGCUGUUGAGGAGCUCCCUCCACCCCCUCCUCCAGUGGAGCCUCCUGUGGAGAGUGCCUGGGAGAGGGGUCUGAGACACGCCAAAGAGGUGUUAAAGAAAGCCACCAUACGCAAAGAGCAGGAGCCGGACUUUGAGGAGAAACGCUUUAACGUGACCAUUGGAGAGGAUGAGAGAGACUUUGACAAAGAGAACGACUUCUUCAGGGAACGCAGCUACCGCAUCACCAGAGAAAUCAGAGACCCAGGUGACGUGGAGUUCAGAGACCCAGUCUAUCCUAACGACCCUUAUGCUGAUCCCUACUAUGACUACGAGAUGGAGGCCUUUUGGAGAGGGGGACAGUAUGAGAACUUCAGAGUGCAGUACACAGAGACCCCUCUGCCCUACCACUACAGUGAGCGUGAACGAGAGCGGGAUCCGCGUGAGCGCCAUCGCGAGCGAGAGCGGGACCAUCGCGAGCGAGAACGCCGGCAGAGAGAACGCGAGAGGGAAAGAGAGAGGGAGCGAGAGAAGGAGAGGAUGCGCCGAAAGGAGGAGUGGGAGAGGGAUCGCAUGAAGCGUGAUGAGAGGCCUGUCAGGGAGCGGCCUCCACGGGAACCUCAGGAGAAGGAGGGGGAGGACAAGCACCCUAAAGGUUCCCCCAGGUCCCCCACUGACACCAACAUGCUCCCCAAUCGACCGAUGAUGGAACCGCCUUCCAAAAAGGAGCUGAUGCCCAUGUCCAAGCGGCCAGAUGAGUGGAAGGACCCCUGGCGCCGGUCCAAAUCCCCCAGGAGACUUCCGGGCAUGUCUGGGUCACCACCGCGGGGCCGACGGCGACACCGGCCUUCUGGAUCCUCUGUAUCGUUAUCCAACUCAUCUAGGUCUUCGUCCCGCUCUUCCUCCUACACAGGCUCCGGUUCAUCCCGCUCUCGGUCUCGCUCAGGCUCCUCAUCCUUCAGCUCGUACUCCAGCCACUCAUCCCAGCGCAGCUCCUUCAGUGGCAGCCACUCCAGGUCCAGAUCGUUCUCAUUGUCUCCGUCUCCGACCCAUUCAGCACAGAGGAACGCCAAGAAUAAAGUUGAGGCCCCGCCAGCUCUAGGGCCCAAAGGCGUCCCACUGAAGCCUGGUACACCUCCCCCUCCUCGUAGGGAGAAGGCUCCCCCCAGGAAGGCUCCCAGCCCACCAUUGCCAGGCCAGCCUGGGAAACUCCCCAAACCCACUCCGGAGGGGGGCAAGCCCAUCAACCCUCGGGAGGGGGGCCGGCCCAUGCCGCCUCGGGAGGGGGGCCGGCCCAUGCCGCCUCGUGAGGGGGGCCGACGGGAGGAGAGGCAGCAGCACAACCCACCCAGGAGGCGGACAGUCAGUGGCAGUGUGAGCGGCAGUAGUUACUCUGGCUCCAGCUCUCGCUCCAGAUCCCGCUCCUCCUCUGCCUCCAUCUCACGCUCUGGAUCCAAGAAGUCCAGGUCUCUGAGUGUGAGCAGUGUGUCUAGUGUGUCCUCGGCCUCCUCCAGCAGCAGCUCAGUGAGGAGCGCUGACUCAGAUGACAUGUACGCUGACCUGGCCAGCCCUGUGUCGUCAGCUAGUUCCCGAUCCCCCACCCCCGGACAGCCCCAUGCCCGCAAGGAGAGGGGCCCGCCACGGGACAGGUGUCCCAACAAAGACAAAGGGAAGCCUACUAAGAAAGAUGAGCCCCAUCCUCCCAGAGAGGACCGGAGGAAGAUUGAUACCUCAGGCCUCCCUCAUAGAAACACCCACGGCCCCAUGCCCAGAUCUGGGCCUGGCAGCAGGGGGCACGGUCCAGGGGGGCACAGUCCAGGAGGACACGGUCCUGGCGGCCACCCCAUGCACCCGCCCCACGGACCCCCCAUGGGACCCCCUGGAGGCUAUGGCCAGCACAAAGACAUUAAACUCACGCUUCUCAACAAGCAGCAGGCAGAGCGGGGUAACAGGAAGCGAUACAUGCCUUCAGACAAGGACAGACCUACCUCUCCACUUAGCAAGAGGAUAGCAUUGUCUCCUGAGAGAGGUCGUGGUGACAGGAGGAUGCCUGGACGGCCCCCACUCUCUCCUAGAAUGGACCGGCCCAGAGGCCAGGGCCCUCGCCUCAUGCCACCACCGGGAGAAAGAAAACGUCCUCUGUCCCCACCACCCAAGUUGUCUGGGAAAGGUCCAGGGGGGUUGUCCUCGGGCUCAGGCAAGCAGCCCCCAGGCGGCCCGGGCUCAGGCUCCGGCAAGCCUAGCAGCACACUGUCCCGCCGUGAGGAGCUGCUGAAACAGCUCAAGGCUGUUGAGGAUGCCAUUGCCCGCAAGAGGGCCAAGAUCCCAGGGAAAUAACCCUCACCCUGCCUGCCUGCCUGCCUGCCUACCCAAGUCGCCCAGGCAACAUCAAGCAUCAAGGGACAUAAGUCACCAAUACCUGUCAAGAAGCCUAGCGUUCUCUGGAAAUGUAAAAAAGGUGUCUGUCCCAAAAUGUAAAGGCCAUUGUGUAAUUGUUACUGAACAAAAUGGCCACCAAAACAUUUCUGCUUGUUUGCCCUCAGAGAGAGGUUGUCUAAAAGGUUUUACAGUGCUGAACAAAAGUAGUAGCAGGGUGUCACUGUUGCUCACUUGUCUAUUUAGUGAGAAGGAACAAUCUUCCCAUUGUGUCUCAUUGAUAAGGUGAAUUUAUAUACUUUUCAUCCACACUCUGUUUCUUUCUGUCUGCCCCUUUUACUGUCUCUUAUCUCAUGUCUUUUUUUUCUGUUGGGUCGAGUGCUGGUCUUGCCCCAUUUGUUCUGUUCUGAAGAUCCUGGAAACUGCCUCUAGUCUCCCAACUGGUUCUCUGUACAAACAUUUCGUCUGCAUUCAUUCAGAAUGAGGAACAUGCUCACAGGACCUCUUGUUCUUGGUGGUUGUGUCUUAACCAAUGACUUCUCCUGUGCGCUGUGUUCUCUUGCAGUGUUCAUUUUACAUACCGUGUACAAUAAUAGUGAGCAUUUGACAAGCACCCAUUUUUUUCAAGUGUAUGAUUGGAGAGAACAAAUUGAUAGUGAUGUGAAGUAUUGCUUUUUUAAUCUACCCCAAAAAAUCUAGCUCUUCUCAAGUAAUUUACUGUGUUUUAUUUUAUGAGAUGUAUGAGAGAUGGUUGGGGACACCGGAGGAUAAGGAGCGUCUUGCUUUUGUGACAAAAGGCUUCUAAAUAAACUAUUUUGAUAAA